CAAGGAAACGGAGAGCGAAGCGAUAAGACGUGUAUCUCGAACGCUGUCCCACCUCGGAAUUCAGUAAUUGCGAGCGCUUGGAUGAAAUCCAACAUGAGCAUUUGUAAGCGCUAGGACGAAAUUCCCUUUUUCCGUCUGUCAUUUCGAAACCCGGGCGAUGAGUAAAAGUGAGGUUUGGGGGACUAGAUGCUUAUGAUUGCGCAUGCGUGAAGCAUAAACCAUACUAGAACUACAGGCUACCUAGGAAUUUUCGUAAAUAUAGCAGAAAAUAUUUAUAAAGAUCUCUGCACCGGUAAAAAAAGUGCUACUGUUUCUUUCUACUGGUUUAUUCUUGAUUAUGCUAAAAACAUAGAGAAACCUGGCAACGAUUUCACUUGUAAUUUAAAUUUUAAAAAUCUGAGUAUAUAGGUAUUUUCUAGAGUGUGAAAUGAGUAAUCGUGGUCGGAGAGGUCAAGGCCAGAGGAAACGUAAAAAUUAUAAUAAAGAUGAUGAAGCAAAUAACAGUGUUCCAGAAGAUGCUUCACAUAUUGUCAAAUUGUUCCAUUCUUAUCAGACUGAAUUAGAUGCUAAAUAUGAUAAAUAUGAAAGGCUGAUAAAGAAAAGCAGAGAUUUAACAAUUGAAAGCAAGAGAAUUAUUUUCUUACUGCAUCGAGUUUCCAGUGAUGAAAAUAAAGAUGAAAUUUUAAGAGAAGCAGAAGAGCGUCUUAAUAAUCUUGUUAUUGAUGUUAUCAAUGGAAUAGCUCUAGAAUUGACUAAACGUGAAGUAUUUCAGUAUCUCAGAGCUUUCAGUCCUGGUUUACAAGAAUAUGUAGAAGCUGUCUCCUUUUACCAAUACUUAAAAAGUGGAUGCCUAAUUCACAUUAAUGAAGUACAUAAUCCAACCUUUUCACCUUCUUUAUCCAAAAUUGAUGAAGAUGCUGAUGAAAAAGAAAAUUAUAUCAAAGCUGAACUACCCUUGUCUGUUAUACUGACUCCAACUGAUUUCAUUUUAGGAAUCGCAGAUUUAACUGGAGAAUUGAUGAGAAAAUGUAUAAAUAGUGUAGCAAGUGGAAAUAUUCAAGAACCUUUUGAAUUAUGUUUAGUAUUACAGAAUAUUUAUGAAGCAUUUUUAGUAAACAGUAACCAUUCGAAAGAUCUAAAACGUAAACUUUACACUUUAAAAUGCAGUUUGCAGAAAGUUGAAAAUGCAUGUUAUGCUAUAAAAAUAAGAGGUACUGAGAUACCUAAACACAUGUUAGCAGAUUUCUUUUCUAAUGAAGAAUUCAAAGAGUCCGUGGACCCAGAUAUUUAAAAUACUAAGUAUAAAUGUAUUAUAAUGUUUUUAUUCUAUUUUAUAUUAUAAAUAAAUAAGCAUUUUAAUGUUA